UGGCAUCCAGGCUGCAUCGUCCUCCUCUCCGCCUCCUCUGGCACCUGCAAAUGCAAGGGAAGAUCCAUCCAAGCUCAAGAUAAAACUGAGUGUUUGGGCUUUAUUGUGAGGAGGUGUUGUAUCCGUGGCAGCCUCAGAGCCCGGCCGCCCAGCGCCCCCCACCAGCGGAUGGCAGGCGCAGCAGCGCGCUGCAGGCAGACAGUGAGGGCGCAUUGCUGCACUUUCCCUCUUUCGGUCAUUGCUCAGUUGGAUGCCAGUGACCCGCAGAGGUAGUCGAUCGGCAGCAAGCUUUUAAGUUCCUCAGAAAAAGAACAGACGGUGUUAUGAGAGCUCAGACGUCGCUGCGCAAAUCCCUGCGCUUCUUGGGGGAAUAAAGUUGGUGCAAUGGAGACUUCCGGGAGUGAUGCUGUCACGCACUGGGAGAAAACUGAGGAAAGAGAUGGAUAUUAUAAUCUGGAGCAUCUCCCCCCACUGCUGGAAGAUGAGGAAAAUGUUUCUCUGGCCGACAUUCUCUCUUUGCGGGACAGCUGCAUUAGUGAGGAGGAGGUGUGGGCCGUUUGUGCAGAGUGUGUUUUGGCCCUACAGAGCAUCAGACCCUCCCACCUCUUCUACACCCUCUGCAUAACACCAGACACUCUGGCCUUCAACGCUCAUGGGAAUGUUUGUUUCAUGGAGCAGCUUAGCGAUGAUCCAGAUUGCUCCUUCGUCCCUCCGGAGUUUGACAACACUGGCAGCACAUUUGAGGGCCAUAUUUACUCCCUGGGCUCCACGCUUUCUGCUGCACUGAACUUUGUUAUUGAGCCGGAGCUUGAGGCUGAACUGGGAGAAGAAGUUCAGAAUCUGUUGCAGCAGAUGCAGGAAGAGAAGCCUGAGGACAGACCAGAGCUGGAGGAUAUUCUGUUGCUGGCGAAAGAGCAGCUAUCUCAUACCUCUUCUGCAGCCGUAUGCCGGAAAUUGUCUUCAAUCGGGCGAAGAGUACUCUCCAUUGAAUCGGUUUCAAACAUUCAAGAGGAACAGGAAGAAUCCUGGGAAGCAAGAUGGCAGCAUUGCAAGGCCAGAUGCAUUUUGAAGAGACUGAACUCGGAGGAUAAGAACAAAGACCUAACAGACAACUUUGUGGGAAAUAGUGUAUCCAGACAGCAGGUGUGUGGGGCCUGGGAUUCCUCUCUAUCGGCAGAGGAUACAGAAAGUGGUGAGGCAGAGGGCGUGAUUCUGACCGAUGAGAUGGAUUGUCGGUCUUACAACAGCUCCCCAGUGAAGAGGAAAUAUCAGCAGAAGUUCAGGGGAGCAAGGGGAGCCCUGAAUCGCUCUUGCUCGGUGCCAGACUCCAACAACCCUCCUUGUGUCUCCACUUCACCUCAUGGAGAUAUAAGUAUUCCUGUUUCUGACCUGACAGAGAUAGGAGCUGAUGAAAUUACAGGCUCAAACUCUGUGUGGAGUAACAGACUUCAGAGACUAAACCGGGGGCAAUCCUGUGAGUCCUACCCUCACUGUAGAGCUCAGGACCAAGAGGAAGUUUCCCAAGGAAAAGAUCAUAUAGAUGCUUAUAUAGAAGAAUUAAAUGAUCAAGCCUGUGUUAAAAGCAGGUCACAUAGCAGUAUCCAGGACUUGGUUUCAUCCUAUACGUCUUGCCAAGGGCUGGAGAUGGCACAGACAUCUUUCGAGGAGGUGACCAACACCAAAAGCAACAUUUCCAAUUGUUAUAACUAUAUGACCAAAAGCAUGCUGUGCCUAAAUGAAGAAUCUCAAGAUGAGUGGAUCUCUCUUAGGGAGCUACUGACUCAUAGUGGACGGAGACUUACGGUUAAUGAGCUGUGGGCUCUGUGUUACACCUGCCUGUCUUCAUUGCAAACUUAUACUGACUUUCCAGCCUAUCUAUGCCUGGACACGGUGUACGUGAACUGCAAAGCAGAAGUAAUUUUUCUAAAACCCAAAACCAUCGAUUCCCAUGAUGGUUUUUUUCUUGCACCUGAGUACCAGGAACAUGGAAUUGUAACUGAGAAGGUUUGUGUGUAUGGGGUUGCUGCAAUCCUCUGGGCAUCAGCCAAGUUCAACCUAUCACCGAAUCAAAAGUUGGCGAUGCCUCGUAAAAUGAAGAGACUGCUCUUGGAAAUGGCAAAGAGGACUCCCAUGGAGAGGCCAAGCAUAGUCAUGGCUAAAAAGAACUGCCUCUGUAAUCUGUCUCGUCAGUGGAUUAGCGCUGAGACCGUCUGGGGCAACCUCAUCAGUAGAGUUCACCGGCCAGCUUCCAAAGGCCAUGAUACAGAAGAUUUGAGUGAAAGUGAUCGUCAACAGCGCCCAAAUGAUGAAUCCCAACAAAACAGUGGCUUUGUGCCCAUGGCCACUGAGAGCCGAUUAGCUCCUGUACCUGGCCCUGUUCCCCACAGCUAUCCAGUCAAUAUGGAAGUCCAGCUUCCAGAGGCCUUUACCUCUACUGCGACACACUUCACCCCCAUCAUCCUGACCAAUGAAAGGGAAUCAAAGGAGGAGGAGGAGGAGAGCCACCAUCGGAGAACUGCCAUUGUAGGGACAGCAGACCUACUCGGAAAGCAAAAUGCUCCUGCUAUGGGAACCUGCCCUCAUAUCCUUCCAUAUCGACUCCCCUCUGAAGCCAAUCUAUAUUCACAAGAAGUGACUGAUGUUCGCACAGUCACAAGCUCUUCCUCUAUGGCAUCCAGCCCCUCACCUGAUGACUCUCCUUCAGCUCUUCCUGAUGUUUCCCUCGUAGAAGUCUCUCUUCCCAAUCUCGCUUCCCCUUUAACCACUAACCUCAAUAGUUGUGGUAUUUACAACAAUUACUUAUUUUGGCAGGAUCCCAUGACAGGACAUCUUUCUUUGGUUCCCGUCAAAGUCAGGGCCCCACAGUCACUACAUGGGUUGGAUAUAAACUCUGCUUUGGUUCCACAGUCUUUGCGAGGCCUGAUAACAGGUCACAGGAGGAACGAAGAUCUGUUUAUUGACUCUGUGAGUGUGAGAGUAAGGCCAGGGAAUCAGGAUCUAUUUUAUUGCAGAGAUGGCUCAGUGAUUUCUGACAACUUUCUGGAUCACUCUUCUCAUCAAGUAUAUGAUGGACAAACAGAAUCUAAAACACAAGGUGAAAAAGAGUGUGCUUCCAGAAUUCAUCACGCCCUGCAGGAUGUGUUUGACCUUCUUAAAGGACACUUUUCUACCAAUGGAUUUUUAGACAAUGGCUGUCAAGACAUCAUCAUGGGCGAAUACCUUUUCUCUUUGAAGGGACUCCAGUUCCAGCAGUUUGCCCGUGUUGUGAAGGAGAGAUUCUGUGAUCUGCACUGGGAAGAUGAUUUGCUGGGUGUGUUGCAUUGCCUGGUGAACUAAAGCUGCUCAGCACUCGCCCCAUGCAGAGAUCGUAAUGAGCACUCUCCAUCAAAGGCUCUGAAAAGGGCGGCCGUCACUCAACCCUUCACCAUUGAUCCCAAUAGAGGGGAGACAGAAGUUUGUCUCGAUCUGAAUGGGAACAUUCACUCAUCUCGUCCUGUCGCUGUCAGAGUAUGGGGAGGAACAGAGACUCCAUCCUGCUGUGGGGAAGAAGAGACGGAGCUUGAAGAUGCUGAAAUAGGACUGGAGAAAAGCAGAUGUUGGAUAAGUCGAGCUGUAAAGGCAAACAGUUUAGAGUCUGGGGUUAUGGAGGCAGGAGGUCAUUCAGCGGGAGGCAGUGAUGAAAGCCCUUCUGAAGCCGAGUUUCUGUCAGCGAGAGAGGAAGAUCUGAUGGGAACCCAUGAUGAGCAGAUGAGUCCUGACUGCUCAGAGGACAUGGAGGACAGCGACUCUCUGGUAUCUGAGCGACUCUUUUCACCUGCAUAUACAUCAAGCGGCAUAGGCCUCAGCUUCAGCCCAGCCUGGACAUUGUCUUUCUUUGGAGAAGAUUGCUUUAGUCAGGAGGUGAUUGAGUAUGCAUUGAAUCUGGGAAAGCAAACAGGAUCAUCAGGGCUGGAAGUGAAACUACAGGAAGUUCAGCAGCAGCUGAUAAUUGAGACAAGAAAUCUGAGGAAAACCAGAAAUUUCUAUCAAAAGCUGAAGAAUCAACAAGAGAGAAAGAACAAAGGUCCUGAGGGUAAACUGAUGCUUUCAAAGCUGAAGUCGCAGCUUGAAGAACUCAGAUCCAGAGUGGCCUUCUUGGAUUGUGUGAAGAAAUACCUUGAGGUUCUCUGUGUUGAUCAGUGGGGUCUGGAAGUUUCUUUACUGCCCUCUCUGGCUGUCUGUGGAUGUCAUGCUUUGGACCUUCAGUCCACUGAAGACACCUCUGUUCUGAGCUUUGGUACCAGUAAAGGGAAAAGGACUCUGCAGUCCGGGUCUCCUCUGGGACUCAUGGCUUACCUUUAUGCCAGAAAUGCUGCUGCAGAAGGCUACAUCCAACAGUUCCUGUACACUUAUCGGUUCUUCUGCACACCUGAAGAAUUAUUGCAGUUUGUCAUGAAUAAAUUCAUCAGCGCGGCAAGGGAGAGCCCAGAGAUGUCGGGGGACAGUGAACGGAUCUUCCAUCGCAGUCUGGACCUUCUGCAGAUCUGGAUGACAGACUGCAAAUCAGUGGACUUUACACCAAAGUCAAGUCUUGUGGAUACGUUAGAAACCUUUCUAAAUACUGAGGUGAUUCCAGUUGACAGCCAAGGUGAAGCUCUUCUUGCUAUUCUCUACAGCCGUCCAAACACCACUACAUUAAAUCAAGUGACAGGAAGUCUAAUCAGCCUGGAUGAAGAAGAUGACUCUGUUUGUUUGCGCUCAUCUACGGAGGACCUUAGCAAGAAGUGGAGGAUCUCUCGUGUGGUGGAGCCCUCUCCUUCCAUUUCUAAAGAGAAGGCCUUCUCAAUUGCUGCAGCCCUACCUGCUCCUUCCUUGAUGCACGACUUCUCUAAUACUAGUCUGCAAAGGGAGGAUCGACUCCCAUUCAGCCAGAAGGAACACAGCACGCUGCACAUUGCACAGCAGUUGACACUCCUGCAGCAGGAAGUGUUCCAAGGAUGCCAUCCAGUUCAUUUCCUCAGAUCCAGGAAACAAGGAGUCGGAGACAAACUCCCCAGCCCAAAUAGGAAUGUGUCACAGCUUAUUCCACCAGCAGAGGGCAGCAGUGGGCUUGUACCUGAAGUGACCCAGUCUGACAGCUUCCUCCAGCAGCUGCUCACAUAUGCUAAGAGUGUCACUAACUGGAUCUCUGCAGAGAUAGUUAUUUGUGACUCUGCAAAGACCCAAGUUGCUUUGCUGACCAGGUAUCUGUGGAUUGGAAAGUACUGCUAUGAAAUGAGGAACUUUGCGACAGCCAUGCAGGUUCUGGGAGGUCUGGAGAACGUGAUUGUCAGGCAAUUACCAGCUUGGAAACACCUCCCUUCCAAAGUGUAUGAGAUUCUAGAAGAGCUACGAGCUGUACAGGUCUUCUUGAAGAGUGAUGACCUGUGUCUGAUGGGGGCAGAACACAAGAGGAUGAGGCCCACACUACCAUCUAUUCACAUCCUUGCAAUGCAUGUGCAGCAGCUUGAGAUUGGUGCAUUCACACUCGCUACUGGGGCUUACAAGUGGACCAAACUCAGGAACAUUGCAAAGGUUGUGAGUCAGGUCCAUGCCUUCCAGGAGGUUCUGUACCCCUACAGUUCGGAUCAGGACCUUCAGGACUACCUUCGUCAUCGGAUCACCCGGUUUGCCAACACAGACAUCCACCUCCUGGCUACUGACUAUGAGGCCAACUUUCAACGGUCCAGCGAGCGUCAGACCAGAAGGAUCCAUGACACACUGAGGAGGGUCAAAGCUACCUUCCAGUGAGGUCUGCCUCAUAAACUACAAUGCCAGGACAUCCCCUGGGACAAGACGUCUCAUUUCAUAGUACUAUGGGAAAAUACUUCUUCCCUUACACUAAGAUAAAUGUCUUAAAUCAACUUAAUUCAAUAGUGGAAAUCGUUUUCAAAUCAAACUUUUGCUUUGGCAGUAAUCUACAGUGUGUUUAUGUGCAGAAGGACCUAGUUAUGGCAUUUAAACACUACGCAAUCACAUCCCUUCUAAAUUAUUAUUAAAUUACACUCAGGGGAGAGGUUUUAGGUACUAAGUAACCUCACAGGGUUUGGUUCAAUCCCUGAAUGUGUGGAUUUUUUAAGGUCUCCUUACUUUGUGAGCUGCUAUCCUUUCAGUCCAUUGGAAAUGCCAUUGUUGGACUUUGAAUCUGGAU